UCUCCAUAAAUAUCAUUUGUGGUUUGCCGUUUUGACUUCAAUGUUCACAUUUAACAAGUCUUUUUCUCUUCUCAAUUCUCUCUCUCUCUCAAAUAAUUGAACUGGAUUUCCUGAAUUUCGUUUUCUGGGUUCAGCUCAGCUCAGCUCAGCUAUGACCAUAUAUGGCUAUUGCUUGCUGUACCUUCAAUUCGUGGGGUGUUCCAGCUAGUUUUGGUUGGUUUAGAAAUUUUUACACAGUUGGUGGAACAGCUUGACAAUUGGAGCAAACAAAUGCUGUAGUCAAGAAUAGAGUAACCAUAAGAAAUGUUUGAUUGUGGUACGAAAUCUCAAUAUGUUACGGGACAGCGGGACAAAUUCAUAAGGUUGGAUGACCUGGACUCCAGGCUGUCAUCCCCAUCAACUUCGGUUGCAACAAACAAAUGUGGCUUUAAUAUUGAUGGCAUGGGACGUGGUAGCAGAACAACUCCUUCAAAGUCCUUUAAACGGGGGAUCAAAAAAGGGUCACAAGGACUAAAAUCUAUUGGUAGGACCCUUGGGUUCGGUGUCUCCCGAGCUGUUUUUCCAGAGGACCUCAAAUCAUCAGAGAAGAAAAUAUUUGACCCCCAGGACAAACAUCUUACUUUUUGGAACAAAUUUUUCGUGAUGUCAUGCAUUUUCGCUGUGUCCGUGGAUCCCCUGUUCUUCUUUCUUCCUGUAUUUAAAAAGUCGUCAAACUGCCUGGACAUAGAUAAGAAGCUGGCCAUCACAGCUACUACACUGCGUACUGUUGUUGAUGCUUUCUAUCUUAUCCACAUGGCUCUCCAAUUCCGAACUGCCUAUAUCGCUCCAUCAUCACGGGUGUUUGGACGGGGUGAACUUGUGAUUGAUCCUGCAAAGAUAGCUAAAAGAUACUUGAAGUGCUAUUUUAUCACUGACUUCCUUGCAGUCCUUCCCCUGCCCCAGAUUGUUGUCUGGAGAUAUCUACACAGCUCCGAUGUUUUCGCUACAAAACAAGCUCUGUUCUACAUCAUUUUGCUACAGUACAUCCCAAGAUUCAUCCGGAUUUUACCUUUAAUUUCAGAGCUGAAAAGAACUUCCGGUGUCUUUGCUGAAACUGCUUGGGCUGGUGCAGUGUCCUAUUUGCUGCUAUACAUGCUUGCGAGUCAUAUAGUUGGCUCGUUCUGGUACUUCUUGUCUGUGGAGCGAAAUGAUACAUGCUGGAAAAAAUCCUGUAAAGACAGUGGAAAUUGCACCUCCACUGAAUUCUUAUACUGUGGAAAUCAAAUGAUGAAAGGUUAUGAUAUUUGGAAUAGUACAAGUAGUUCAGUCUUGAACUCUGAUUGCCCUGUGGAUGUAGAAGACAAUGCACCAUUUGAUUUUGGAAUCUUCAGGCAGGCUUUGUCAUCUGGUGUAGUUUUCUCCAAAAAAUUCCUAUCCAAAUAUUGUUACUGUCUGUGGUGGGGGUUGCAGAACUUGAGCACACUUGGGCAAGGACUUGAAACCAGCACUUACCCUGGCGAGUCUAUAUUCAGCAUAGCACUUGCAAUCUUGGGGCUCAUUCUUUUUGCUCUCUUGAUUGGAAAUAUGCAGACAUACCUACAAUCACUUACUAUUCGGCUUGAGGAGAUGAGAGUGAAGAGGCGUGACUCAGAACAAUGGAUGCAUCAUCGGUUGCUGCCGGCAGAACUCAAAGAACGAGUCAGGCGCUAUGAUCAGUACAAGUGGUUAGAAACACGUGGAGUGGAUGAAGAAAGCUUGGUCCAAAGUUUACCCAAGGAUCUCCGUCGAGACAUAAAACGCCAUCUUUGUUUGGCUCUGGUGAAGAGGGUCCCGCUGUUCGAGAACAUGGACGAGAGACUACUCGAUGCCAUCUGCGAAAGGCUGAAGCCAUGCCUAUUUACAGAACAUACCUACAUUGUCCGAGAAGGGGAUCCAGUCGACGAGAUGAUAUUUCUCAUCCGCGGUCGACUAGAGAGUGUGACGACAGACGGUGGAAGAAGUGGUUUCUUCAACCAAAGCUUACUGAAAGAAGGCGAUUUUUGUGGGGAGGAGCUUCUAACCUGGGCACUGGAUCCUAAAUCUGGGUCGAAUCUCCCAUCUUCGACUCGGACAGUGAAGUCCCUCACUGAGGUGGAAACAUUCGCCCUCACAGCAGAGGAGUUAAAAUUCGUUGCCAGCCAAUUCAGGCGGCUCCACAGCCGGCAGGUACAGCACACGUUCCGAUUCUAUUCGCAGCAAUGGCGCACGUGGGCUGCCUGCUUUAUUCAAGCUGCAUGGCGCCGCUACUGCAAGCGAAAAAUCUUGGAGCUGAAGAGGAAAGAAGAAGAAGAAGCAGCUGAAGGAUCGGCUGAGGCUCGGAGCAGUGCCGGUGGAGGGUCGUAUAGCAUCGGCGCCACAUUUUUGGCUUCGAGAUUUGCUGCGAAUGCCUUGCGGGGUGUGCAUAGAAACCGGAACCUCAAGAGCGCCCGCGAUUUGGUCAAGCUGCAGAAGCCCCCGGAGCCCGAUUUUUCGGCGGAUGCCGAUUAAAAUUAGUUUAGAUUAUGAUGUGAAGAUAAGAUAAAGAGUCGUCUUCGCGCGCGUGUGCGUUUUUUAUUUUUUAUUGUAUAUUAUUGUGUGCAUUGGGAGAUUUGUAAGGUUUUAUGGAGAAUUAGUAAUUCUCUUUGAUGCAAUGGUGUGAAUGACUUCGAUGGCAAGGGAAGUGCCAUAUGCUGUAAUAAGUUUUGGGAUAUAUAUAUAUACUGUGAUGUACAUCAGUGAAUAUAUAUGACUUUUAGUGUA